AUGCCAGCGCGCCGGCGUUUGAUACCUCCAUUUUCUCUCCAGUUGCCGUCAAUGCCGGCACCGUCUCCGUCCCCGCCGCCUCCGCGCCCUCCGCCCCUGCAUGCAGCCCCGCGGCAAUUCCGUCGCACACGCCCAGCCGCGGAGCCGCCUCCUGUCAUGAGGAACUGCAAGAUGGUGCGGGUGGCCAGCGUGCUGGGGCUGGUGAUGCUCAGCAUCGCGCUGCUCAUCCUCUCCUUCAUCAUCUGUGCGCACAUCUCCAGGUCCCAGUUCGCGCUGAAGUUCCUGGACCCCUCGUUUGUUCCCAUUAUGAACUUGCUGGGACACGAGUUGCAGGAGAAGCCCUCCAAGUGGGUGUUCAAUCGGACAGCAUUCACACAGCAGAAGCAAGAAAUCCUUCAGUAUGUCGAUGUCAUAAAAAAUUUUUCUUUGACCAAGAAUAGUGUCCAGAUUGGACAGCUGAUGCAUUAUGAUUAUUCCAGCCAUAAGUAUGUUUUUUCUAUAAGCAAUAACUUCAGAUCACUGCUUCCAGAUGUGUCACCGAUCCUGAAUAAGCAUUACAAUGUUUGCGCCGUGGUUGGAAACAGUGGAAUCUUGGCCGGAAGUCAGUGUGGGCAAGAAAUAGAUAAAUCUGAUUUUGUUUUUCGCUGCAAUUUUGCUCCAACUGAGGCAUUCCAAAAAGAUGUUGGAAGGAAAAUCAAUCUCACAACCUUCAAUCCCAGCAUCCUGGAAAAGUAUUACAACAAUCUUUUGACCAUUCAGGAUCGCAACAACUUCUUUUUAAGUUUAAAAAAGCUUGAUGGAGCCAUUAUUUGGAUUCCAGCUUUCUUCUUCCACACAUCAGCAACAGUCACAAGAACACUGGUUGACUUCUUUGUUGAGCAUCGAGGCCAACUAAAGGUCCAAUUGGCAUGGCCAGGAAAUAUAAUGCAACAUGUUAACAGAUACUGGAAAAACAAACACUUGUCACCAAAGCGGCUGAGCACAGGUAUUCUCAUGUAUACCCUUGCUUCUGCCAUUUGUGAAGAAAUUCACUUGUAUGGAUUCUGGCCCUUUGGGUUUGACCCCAACACAAGGGAGGACCUCCCAUAUCACUACUAUGACAAGAAAGGAACCAAGUUUACGACCAAGUGGCAGGAGUCCCACCAGCUGCCUGCAGAGUUCCAGCUCCUCUAUAGGAUGCAUGGUGAAGGACUGGCCAAACUGACCUUGUUGCAUUGUGCCUAAGAACCUAAAUCUUGAAGUCCCAAAUGAUGAUCUAAAAUGCGCCCAAAUCUGAGUUAAAUGUUCUUCAGAUAUAAUUCUAAAAGAAAUAUAUAUAUAUAUACUCACCCUAAUAUAUUUUCCAUAAUAUAAAGAUGUUUUUAAUCACCCUUGUCACCAUUCUUCAAAGGGUUUAAGCAUAUUUAGCAAUGCAGAAGCAUUUAUCAAAUUCUGUGGAUGCUAUUCAUGCAGCAGCACAGCAAAGGUGAAAUAUUUUGCUUUUAUACAUAUGCUAUUAAAUCUGUUUUAAAAUCUUUUCAUAUUUCAGCAUUCCACUAAAUGCCUCUAAACAUUUUAAUUUGUUUGUUCCUUUCAGAUUAGAACUAGAAUUAUGUUUUUCUCACAUGUUGCUGUGAGUAGUUCAGCAUACAUAGACUUGCCUUGGCCAAUUGAAAAAGCCACCCCAAAACCCCAGUUAAUUGUCACUUUCAAGUUCCUCAGUGUGGAACCCCACUUCCGCUGCUUGCAUAUUUUUGUAUUUACUGAAUUUUACUUUUUUAAGAACAAUAUUGAGGUCAAAAUAUGACUUGUACCUGGCUUCCUCAUCCCUCUGUGUGCCCCAAUGAAUGUGGAGAAUGGGGGGGAUAGGAUUCCCAGCCCAGUUAACUGCACAGGAAAGCAUCCCCCCCAACAGCCCCACUGGCACCAGAUCAGGGGGGAGAUGGAGUGAGGUUGGGGCAGCCCAAUUUCUGAGAAAUGGCCUUGAGAGGGAAGCGAGCACAGUGGGAAUACAGAGAGUAGGAGAUGUGAUUCCCAGAGUCCUCUUUCACAUUGCUAAGUCCCCAGUCAGACAACUGAAUUAGUGGUCUCAUGUUGCAGUCAAGAACAGAUAUUUGGGAAGAUGCAGCUUUCUAAGUACCUUUGAUGGUCAGACUGGUUGCAAAAAAGAUAAAUCUUAGGGUUGCUUGUAUUUGAAAAUCUUGGCCAUGAUGCCUCAGGAUAAAGGAGUCUGUAAAGCAACUGUUUUUCUUAUUAAAACAAGUAUGCAUCAAAGUAUUUUAACAUUUUAAUAUUAGUCUGUAUGAUGCUGAGAACUGAUUAUACGCUGGAAUAAGAUGCAAAAGGCAAUUUAAAAUCAUACCUUAAAAGUGCACAUUUUAGUGCACAGCACCCACACUUUGGGGGAAAAGUGACUGCAUCUGGCACACAACUAAAUUGGGCAUAUUCCAGCAGGGAGGAAACUUCACCCCUCUGCACUGGCUAUGAAUAUUGAGAUUUUUAAAGCCAUUUUGAAAACACCCUGUUCUUCCCUAUUUUAAUUAUGCAGCAUUUUCUGGCUUUUACUUUAGCAAUGGGCAUUUGGAGCUGCGAAGGGGCUCAGAUGCUCUCUGGCACCACCAGCCUGGCGCCCACAACUUCAGACAUGCUCGUGCAGGAGGCUGAUGGCUGCAAAGUUCCUUUCCGAAGGCACAAUCAUAUCAGCCCUUGGGCACUGCUAACUUGCCUCACUGCCUGCACUCGUCACUGCUCAUACAACAGAGCAUGACUUGUAGCAAGCAUCUUUAAGGAGACAUCGCUGUGAAGCAACACUAGUUCUAUGCUGUGUGGUGCUGUGUGAUUUAUUACUAAUAUUGCCAUUUAUUAUUUGUGUUGUAGCAGCAGCAGGACAGGGAGCACCCAUCUCUGCCAGACACUGUUCUCUGGGUGCCAGAACACACCCAAAAGCAGAUAAACAGAAAUUGCACAGGGAAGGAAGGGUUCUGCACCAGUUGUUAAUGACGUAUAGUGAUUAGCUAUUUCCAGUGCAAUUUGUCAUUGAGCUGUACUGGAGAUACAUGCUGGCUAAGCCUCCAUUUUAGGGUCUCAGCAUAGUGCCUGAGGCCACUGGCUUUACCUGGUGUCCCUCAGCCUCAAGGUGCCAUCCAGGUUGUGUUGAUGGAGGUGAGGUGCCAGCACCUGUGUCCAGAAGGAGGUGGGGGGGUUGGCUUGUGUCUCAGUGAGGCGAUGACCCAAAGGUACAGACAAAAAAAAAGGGAAUAAGAAACAAGCACCUUUUCAGGGCAGAAAAUGGUGUUCUGGUUAAAAUAGCAAGCAUGCUUCUGCCCGGCAAACCUGACUCCCUGCUCCUGGAUCUGCCAGUUGCAGCCUUUGUGUCCAGGACAGCAAAUCCUCUCUGCAUUCAUUAGCAUGUUAGCUAGACUCUUCCUGCCCCUUUGCUUGAUCCUCAACCUUCCCUUCAUUGUCUAUCUAAAUGAAUUCCUGAUGGUUCAGGGAAAAUAUUCACUAUUAUUUCUGAAUGUCUAGACAAAAAAAUAUAGCUAACUGAAAGCACACAAUGCAACAUGAUCAAUUCUUGCAAGUACAAAACCUUUCAGCUUACAACGUCAGGAGAAGCUCUAGGGAAAGGGCUCCCAGUGGCAGCCACGAGGUGAUGACACUGCAGGAACAUGGGAAUGGCCCACAAUGGAGGUGAGGAUAGGGUGGUGACAGUGCUGAGACAGAGCCAUCAAGUAGGGAAUGGAAAGAAGAGGUGUAUAUUGAAUAGGUGUGUUAUCUUUCCUUCUCUUUACAUCCUUGUUUUACGUUUUAGUUGCUUGCAUCUUUUCAGUGAAUGGUAGUAGGAUACACUGAAAAAAAAUACAUUUUGGCUACCAGUUUGAAUUGUGGAGUACACCAAAAGGCAAGUAUUUGUGAAAUAUAGCUAACUGUGAACGGAGGUUGCAAAAACAAAACAUUCAGAAAGCAGGUCUUCUGUAAAUGAAUGUCUAUUCUAAUGGCUAUACAGUACAAUGCCUGAUGGAGUUGUUUUGAAUAAAAAGAUUAAUACUAAAAA